UCUGUCACCUACUUAAAGUUCACUGUAUUAAACUCCAUCUAACCUGAGGUAGGACUUGAACUACGUAACAUCAAUGCCAUAAAAUAUAUGGAAGUCGGAAACAUGAUCUGGGAUAAGCAUCAGCAUCAGCAUCAGCAUCACAGUAGUCACUGAAUGGUAGUGGAACCGGUGCAAAAACGACAACAUCAUUAGCAUGCAGCUUCAGUCCGACAAGGUAAGAACAAAGAUUAAUCACGUAUAGAAAAAAAAGAAGAAGAACAAGACACGAUGAAUGAGCCAUUGCUUGAUAUUGAAGAACAACAGCCACCUUCAUUCUCCUCGUCUCUUCUCGUAAAUCUCUAUGUCGGCCACUUUUUGGCCAGAUGGGGUGCCAGGAUGUGGGAAUUCUCUGUCGGCUUAUACAUGAUCAAUGUCUGGCCAGACUCUUUACUUCUUGCUGCAGCUUACGGUGUUGUGGAAUCUGCCGCCACUGCAUUAUUUGGUCCUCUCAUUGGACAGUUGGUGGAUAAGUUGUCAUACAUUCAGGUUCUCCAGCUUUGGCUAUUGAACCAAAAUCUUUCAUUUAUGGUUGCUGGAGGUGCAGUACUUGCAAUACUCGUCUAUGCAGACUUGAUGUCUGCAAAUUACGUGGCAUUCAUCUCCCUUGUUAUAUUAAUUAAUGUCUCUGGGGCUGUUGGCGUGCUUUCAACCCUGGCUGGAACCAUCUUGGUUGAAAGAGAAUGGGUGGUUGUGAUCUCAGAAGGCCAGCGUCCAGAAGUUCUGACAAAGAUGAACUCAAUGAUAAGACGGAUUGAUCUGAGCUGCAAGUUGUUUGCUCCUGUGGUUACUGGCUUCAUUAUCAGUUUUGUAUCUUUAACUGCAUCCGCUGUUACUCUAGCACUCUGGAACAUAUUAUCUGUGUGCUUACAGUAUUGGCUUCUAAUGUCCGUCUACAAUGGGAUUCCGUCAUUAAGAGAAGUCAGCCGAAGGAGGGAAUCAAGAUCUUCAGUGAGGAAGAUAGAUGAAAGCACAUCUACUCAUCAUGAACAAAAAAGCUUGGUUUCUUCAGAUACAAAUGAUUCGGAACAGCCUGAAAGCAGCUCAGCACGGACUAUAGUUGAGAAGUUUCUGAAUCUUCCUUAUAUCAGUGCAUGGAGAUUGUACAUUGAACAAGAUGUGGUCCUUCCAGGACUAGCUCUUGCACUGCUUUACUUUACUGUACUUAGCUUUGGAACAUUAAUGACUGCUGCUCUGGAAUGGCAAGGUAUACCUGCUUAUGUUAUUGGAAUCGCACGUGGGUUAGGUGCUACGGUUGGGAUAGCUGCUACAUUUCUGUACCCCAUGUUACAAUCUCAUAUUUCAACACUUCGAACAGGUCUUUGGUCGAUCUGGUCUCAGUGGACCUGUCUCCUGUUAUGUGUUGGUUCCAUAUUUGUGAAGGAGAAACUCACAUCAGCAUAUAUGCUAAUGUGCGGAGUGGCCUCAUCGCGCCUUGGACUAUGGAUGUUCGAUUUGUCUGUCAUCCAGCAAAUGCAGGAUCAUGUUCCUGAAUCCGAUCGCUGUGUUGUUGGUGGUGUUCAAAACUCGCUUCAGUCUGUCCUGGACUUGAUGACUUACAUUAUGGGCAUUGUAAUCUCCAAUCCACAGGAUUUUUGGAAAUUGACAAUGUUAUCGUUCAUGCUGGUGACGCUGGCUGCUCUACUCUACAGUCUCCAUAUUUAUCGUGUGCGGAAGCAUCUAUUUCACUUUGACAAGCUGCUUGCACUCAUUGGAUGGUCCGUAACAUCAUCCUAGACCUGCACUAAGUAUCUAGAAACCCCAAAACUAGAAUAUAGUAUCAGUUCUUGUUAUGGAUCAGACAACAUAAUUUGAGCUGUCAAAAAAUGUCAGUUCACCAAAAUACUGCUAGAUUGUACACAUCUCCCUUCACCAGCAAAUGAUUCAAUUUCCACACAAAACAUGUAACUCCUUAUUAUAUUAAUUCUGUGUUUAGCAACAGGAAUAUGCUCAAUCUUUGAAGAAAAUCGUGUUGCCUUCCAAGUUGAUUGAUCUAUAUUAAGUGUAGUUGGUGUUGAGUUUGAAUUAGUUCAUGUUUUCCGUUCCUUGUUUCUAUAAAUCGAAAUGCUACAGAGUUGAAGAUGAAUUUAAUACAAGAGAAGUUGAAGACUUCCUGCAUAAUGUUAGCUGGGUGCUGGUGUAGGAUGAGACCAUAGUACAAAUUGUUAGAAGCCAACACCGAUGAUGUUCGCAAACUAAUGAAGAAAGUUUGCUGUAAUGAUGUUGGCGUUGAUGGGCAGAUGUAUCACAAUUAUUUGUUAUUUAUUUGAAUCUUUGUGGAGGUUCAUUAAUUAAUAU